UGUAUUGAUCAACCGAUGCGCGACGCACACGCACGGGCGACGCAAACGUUAAACGCGAAAAGAGAGGAAAAAAUCUAAAAUAAUAAUAAUGAAAUAAAAUUCGUCGGCAACCCCCGAACUAGGACGACGACGACGACCGCCGCCGCCGCCGCCACCGCCACCGCCACCGCCAACGCGUCGUGCUCCUAUCGUCGUGCGUGCGAAAUUAUUACCACUUUUAUUAUUACUAUUACUAUUAUUACUACCGCCGUUGCAGUUACAUUAUUAUUUCUGUUUGUUUAUUUCGAGAUUUCGUUUUAAACAUCACGCGCGCGUCCGAGCGUACGGUCGACCGACACGUCCAAGACGCGUAUAUUUUAUACAUUAUUGCGUUGACAUCGACACGAGUGCACCGUGUACACGCCUGCCGAAGGGAGCCAGCGAAUCGUCUGAUACACGUAUAUAUAUGUAACGUAGACCGCAUAUAAUUGUCGCUGUUUAUACGAGCGCACGCGAUCCCCAUUCAACGUCGGCGCGACGGGCAGAAAACGCAAUAUUAUUAUUAUUAUAAUAAUAAUAUCGUCGCCGUGAUAUCGUACGCGGCCACCAGCGUUCGAUCCGCGCGCGCCCAGUCCGCGCGCCCGUCCUCGUCGCGCAGUCACAUCCGUCACCGGCGCGUGCACCGUACUCGUCGCGUGUCCGUCCGUCCGUUGUCUCGCCGCGCGCCGAUCAUAACUACUGCGCUCGGGGUUAUGGACGUGGCGGCGUUGGCCGCGGCGACCGAGACGACCAACUCCGCGGCCACCGCGGCAGCUGCUGGUGCGGCGGACUUGGGCACGGCAGACGCGACGAACACGGCGAGAGCGACGGCGGCAGCGAUAGCGUACGCGAACAGUUGUCAUCAUAAUAAUACGACCGCGCUACGCCCACCAGAGGUCCGCGUCAGAUCGUCGUCUUAAGAGGACGCGGGUGAGGCCGCACGGCCGAGACGUGAUCGCAGGUCCAGCACGCGUAUUAUCGUCUGCAACUGCAGUAGCCGUGUAAUAGCCGUCGACACGACGUCGUAAUGCCGGAACAGAGCAACGAUUACCGAGUGGUGGUUUUCGGGGCGGGCGGCGUUGGAAAGAGCUCGCUAGUGCUCAGGUUCGUCAAGGGCACAUUCCGCGAGUCGUACAUACCGACCAUCGAGGACACGUACCGGCAGGUGAUCAGCUGCAAUAAGAACAUCUGCACGCUGCAGAUCACCGACACGACGGGGUCGCAUCAGUUCCCCGCCAUGCAGCGGUUGUCCAUGUCUAAGGGCCACGCGUUCAUACUGGUGUACUCGUGCACGUCCAGACAGUCUCUCGAGGAGCUCCGACCUAUAUGGCAGGUCAUCAAAGAGACCAAAGGUGCGUCGGAGCUUCCAUCAAUACCAAUCAUGUUGGUGGGCAACAAGUGUGAUGAGAAUGACACUCGAGAAGUUUCAGCCGAAGAAGGUGAUGCUGAGGCUCGACGGUGGGGCUGUCAUUUUAUGGAGACAUCAGCCAAGACCAACCACAACGUCAAGGAGCUGUUUCAGGAGCUUCUCAAUCUGGAGAAGAAUAGGAACAUAUCGCUGCAGCCCGAAAAAAAGUCCAUGCGCGGCCGUAAGAUACGGGAGAAAUGCGCGCUCAUGUAGUAGUAUAUUAUGUACUACCAAGACACGCUCAUCGGACAUGGGGAUAUAGUUUUACAUUCGUGUUGUUUAUAUUUUAUAAAAUAAUUUUCAUUUUGUUAAGUCACAAUUCAUUGAGAAUUAUUAUAAAAUGUCACAGUAAAAAUUAAAUUAAAAUGUUUUAUUAGUGAGACUGAUAAACGCUGACAACACCAAUUUAUUUAGAUUAGUACUUUAGAGCGAUGUUACAACACAACUAUACCAUGGACUUUUUUGGAGGUGCAAAUAUAAAAAUGAAUUUCAGUUGUAUAUGUCAUAAACAUAUAUAGCUAGCAAAGAUGUAGUGCAUAGUAUUUACUUUGUAUAUAUUAUCCAUAAUUACUAUAUCAGUCAGACAGGGAAUACGAAUAAUGGCGAAUACUUUUGUAAAAUCAGUUUUCACAGUACAAUAGAAUAAACAUUUGUUUGAGUAAUUAUGUAUGCAGUACUAUAAUGUGGUUUGAUUUGUACAGUGAUUAUUUGAGAGAAACAAGAAUCCAACCCUAGAUUUUAUAAUUUAAAUGUAUAUCAUUUAUGAGUAAUGUUCAGCGUACAGAAUAUAAACUAUAUUUCUUUUUUUAUCAUAAUUAAAUUUUAAUUAUUGUAACAAGUGUUAUAUACAGUUGUAGUGUACUAAAUUGUCCUGUAUAUAACACUUAUGAAAUACCAUAAAAACAUUCAUAAUUUUUAUUUUUUAAUAUUUCUAGUCAAGUAAUAUUGCUUUUCUUUAUAAAGAUGAGAAUUAUAUAUUGUAUGUUGCACCUUGUACAUAAUAUUUUAAUAAACAAUGUAGUUACCUAGUCAACAAUAUUAUAAUUAUAUUUUUAAAUACAUGACAUUUGGUAACCUUUGUUUUUUUAGAUAAAUAUUUUAACAUGUUAUUAUUGUUUACAGCUUUAUACGAUUCAUUUGUUAUUAUAGUUGUAUAAGUGUAUUGUCGAUCAAUUUUAAAAAUUGGAAGUGAUUUUUGGAAAUCAUUCUAAUAAAAACAUUUAGUUCCUGAAAA